CAAUCCGCAUAAGGCCGCAUGUGAGUUGCCUGCGAUUACAUCGAUUGCGACUCAGCUGCCAUGGACGCAACCCAACCGCCAUCAUCGCAUCUGUAAUUUCUUUCCCAGCUUCCAUGGAUGCAGCUCAACCGCCAUCAUCGCAGCUGUAAUAUCUUCCCCAGGAAGAGGUCCUGCACUAAUGAUUGAUGGUGGUUGGUGUCUCGCCGGAGGGUGGCAGACGGACAUUCUGGUCUGAUUGGACGGCGGCGAUGGUUCUAUUGAUGGACUGUGGCAGCACUGCUAGAAGCAACAACAACAAUGGAGGCCGUUGUGCAUCGCUAAUGUGCAUCGCAAUAGUAGCGCAACAUAGCAGUAUGCUUUAAUUAAGGAACUUUGACGAUGAAUCUACUGUGACAAAAAAUGGGGGAAAUUGAGAGAUCAUCCAUUCUUCCAUGAAAGAGAAUAGCCGACGAGCUUGAUUCUAUGUCGGAGGAGGCGGAGGAGGUAGGGCGGUGAGAAUCUAGACGUGCAAUUCAUCAUCGUUUCGACAUCUAUGAAAUCAUGGUUUAUUCAGGUCCUCAUCACUGGAACCGCUGUUGCCGUAGUUGUUGGCACUCACAGAUACCUUUCUAGAUCCUGGAAGUUUCAGAUUUAGGUUAUCGAAAUUCGGAAUCAGCUCGUUUCAGCUCCACUCGAUUCCCGGGAUGCCUUCGUCUUCGUGAUGCUUUCCUGUACGUGACUCAAAAGUUUUAGCUAAGUUCAUUCAUUAUUGCAAGCAUCAUGUCAUGUCAAGGCUGCUCAAUCAUGGGACAACCUCUGUGAGGAUGACUUCAGGCCUUUCAAUACUGAACUCGUCAAAAUUGACCCUAGGAACCGUGCUUGAUGCCUUGAUCUCAUCUUGGUGCUCAUCACAGGAGAAUCUUGAAGCUGGAAGUCUUAGAGAAGUCGGUGUCAAGUGUGAGGAUGAGCAUAUCUACAGUGUGAGGAUUGUUGAGGGAGAUGACAAGGUUAGGAACUACUCGUAUGUUAUAUCUGUGCAUCCAGAGGUGAUUGAUGGAAGAUUGGGAACGCACACUUGUCAUUGAAUCAUUUGUGGCAGAUGUGCUACUUUAUUGAAGCACCGCUAAAAUGCAAUCUGAAAUCUCUGGCUGAUGUUUCUGAGAGGCUUGCUCUGCAGGGAGAUGAUACAAAGCCCAGCAAUCACUUUUAAUGACCCGUGAGGUCGACUUGGUUGAGAC